AAUACGUAGUCAAACGCUACUACUGCUGUGCGGCCUUCUCCACGUUCACAGCACUGCUCGUAAUCCACGAAGGCUUAACCCAACUUUCAACUCGGCUUCAGCUAACCGAGUAACUCUCGCGCCAUACUACGCUCAUACCAAAAAUGCCUGGCCCGAACUGCCCGGGCGCUGACUUGUCGUCCGCGUUAAAGCGGUGCCCCUUCCUCCACAACGUGGCACAGACGCACGGUGAAAGCUAUGCGUUCAGCCUUGCUGGAAAGCCGGCUUGCCCUCACGGGCCGGUGCUAGCCGAGGAUGACGACUUCUCUGCAACCAUGGCGCUCUUCCACGGCCGCGGAGGCAUUCUGCCGCUGCCGCACCUGGCCCCAGAGGUGCAACAGCAGGUUCUCUAUCCUCCUUCGCCAGCUCAGGCGCGCCCCGCUGCCGAGCCCGCGAGGAAGUGCCCCUACACACACGAGCCGGUUCAGUCGUCGCCCGCGCCCAUGCCGCAUCCGCUGGCGAUGGCACCUUUGGCCUCAAUGUCAAUGUCCUGGGGCAGCAACUGGUUCAACAUCCACCACCUCUUCAAGCAGCACCUGCAGCAGCACCGCCCCCAGCAGCGCAAGCCGCCGCAGCAGCCGCAGCACCACAGCGGCGGGCCUACGGCGUCCGGUCCCGGUCCCGGCGCCUCCGUGACAGGCCCCGGUGGCUCACCUCUGGGUGCCGCAGGCGAGGGGGGCACGGCCGGCGGCAAGUGCCCCCUACGCCGGGCGCUGGGACCGCUGGCGGGUAUCGUGUUCAACAAAGCGGGCCAGAUAAGCUGCCCGGAGCCUAUAAUUAAAAUGCGCGCGGCUUUGGCGGCGACGCGGCCGGUGCGCGAGCUCCGGCCGCAGGCACUGCCAAUUAAGCUGAUGGCGGUGGUGAUGACCACGGCGGCGCUCAACGUGCCCUGCGGCAUGUGGCGCGAGCACACGGACAAGUUCUCGUCGCAGUGGUUCAUGGCGGUGCACGCGACCAUCCCCUUCAUCGCCAUGCUGCGCAAGGCGGUGAUCAUGCCCAAGUACGCCAUCCUCUUCACCAUCGCCGCCGCCAUCGCCGGCCAGGCCAUGGGCGCCAAACUGGAGCGCCGCCGCAUGACUGACGCCGCGCGGGACGAGCUGGCGGGGCUCGCGCGCGCGCACCCCGCGGCGGCGGCGGGGCCGCCGCUGCCGCGCGUGCAGGUGGCGACGGCGCCGGCGGAGGCAGCGGUGAUUGGCAGCCGGGUGGCGGUGGCGGCGACAUCGUCGGCGGCCCUGCCGGUGGCGAGCAUGUCCAUGACAUCGCGGCCGCGGCAGCAGCAGGGGCCGGCGCCGGCGGACGGGACGGUGUCGUGGGCGGAGCUGUAUGAUGAGGGCAAGGCGGCAGCGGCGGCGGCGGCCCAGCCAGCCGCGGUGGCUGGUUUGGCUGCGGCUUCGCAGUUCCGGUUGCGGCCCAAGGGCGCGGGCCCCCGGCGGGUCGUCCGCGCGGGCGUGGUGAGCGCGGCGGCUGGCUGCAAGGCGGCGGCGGGCAAGCGCGGCGCGGCGGCGAUUGUGGCGAUGGCACCCGAGGUGGUGGCGGCGUGCUAGGCGUCUACAUGAUCAGCCGUGACAGAGCGCCCAUGCGAUCCAAGUAUCGGAAUAGUGGUCGGGCUUCAUUCUUCCGCAGUGCAGUAGCAUUUGGGGGCUUAGCAUGUUAGUCUGUAGCACGUAAUGCAGUGUUAGCAUUCAACGUUGAAUGUUGAGUUGUAUGUCUGGUACGGACACCGACUAAACAGAUUGUGUGUCAGCGCCAAGCAGCUGACCCGGUCACUAUUAAUAGAGAGAGUGCUUUGUGUGUCGCAGCGGCGCCAGGCUUACCAACCCUUGCCCUACACUGGCAACUAAAGACGGAUUGUGUUGCAGCGACUGAGCGUGUAGGUUAGGCUGGAUUCACGUGCGGGUUGGGGCAGGGCACCCCUGGCCCUUGAAGUACGGUAUGCCUAUCAACAGCUGGACCGUGCAGGUGACGUGUUGAAGCCUUGUCCAGGACUGGUCCCCCCCCCCUCGCCUUCCAGUCAGAACUGCCCCCUCCCUCCGCAACCGGCCUGGGGGCCGGUCGUCGCCGGGCUGCGGCAGCAGCAGACGCCGUGAAAUGGUAUGCGGAGGCGUUGUAUGGCUAGGGCCAUAUCAUAUGGGUCAGGCGUGUUACUCAUGGGCGUUGGGAGGAGUCAGAUGGCUUAUUUGGUGGUGAUGAGGGCGGGAGCCAUCCAUGAGCAUGUACAGCGCGGUGCCUGGUAGUGGCGUUGGGGUCUGCUGCGAUUUGAUGCACACCGCAUGUCCAGCAUUAUUGUUGAAUGGUGGAGCUUCCAAGUGUACCGUACUAGCUGGCGUCGUCGGCAGUGCCAGCGGCACUCCACGCCAGGGGCUGGCGGCGGGGGCGGCAGGCGGCAGGUGCGCCGGCACACCCGGCACCGGGCACUUGCGGCCAUCGUGUGUGGGGUGCACGGCCCUGGCGGCGGCGGUGGGCUGUGUGCAGCACGUGGCACUGAAGCAGGCUGAAGCAGGUGACAAGGGGUGUCAGCUUUGUACAGCUGGAAAAUGGGCUGAGCCCCCGUACGCUUGGGAGCUAUUAGGCGUGUAACGCCACGUCAGA